UAUGGGGGUAGUUUUGCUUUGCUCUCUGAUUGACCCAGAUAAAGCGCUCACUGGUGGGGAUCCUCCAACCCCCAGGCUCGAUCACCCACCGAGGAGGGAUUUUACCGACAGUAACAGCCUUUUAUUUUUUUUUUUUACAUUUAAUGCGUUUACCGGUGUGAUCGUCAAAAAAUAUAUAAUAAUAAUAAUAUAAAAUUAAAAAACCUGGACCUUCUCGGUUUGUUGGAGCUCUCCUCCAGGGUUUAUUUCACUAAGGCAUGGUGCAACGGGGUGAUCGUGAGGAAACUGCUUGUGUAUGUUUUUGUGGGAGUCUCUCUGCCUCUAACACGCAUGCACUUCAUUGGAUUUUACACAACGCAAAUUAAAGAAGAUGCCUGAUAAAAUCGCAGACAGUCGCGCGCCGACGCCAUCGCGAGGAUCUUCGUUUUUCAUCGAGAACCUGCUGGGCUCGGCUCGCAUUGAACCCCCUGCCUGUGCUGCCAAAAACACACGAGGCGACCACGAACACGACCGAGAGACGAUACACACGACAGUGUGCCACCAUGAAGUGUGUCAGGAGAAAUCCAAGGUGGAAAUGGCUCCAAAAGGGUCUCCCUCGUCCUGGUACAGAAGGGACCCUUUGAAUUUUGAGGAUCUGAGAUCUGAUAGUUUGAAAGAGGAAACCCGCAGUUCCUACGAGCAGAUGGACUCAGUCUUCAGCGACACUGACUCUCCGGGAGCGGCUGAAAUAAAAGCUGCUGAGACUCGUAGCGCGGGUGAACGCGGCAGCGGGGACGCGCAACACCUCUCAGACACCUCGCACCCUGAGCCCACCGAGUCCGGCUCAGUGAGGAAGAAAAAAACGCGGACCGUGUUCAGCAGAAGCCAGGUGUUCCAGCUGGAGUCCACGUUUGACGUGAAGCGCUACCUGAGCAGCUCGGAGCGCGCGGGUCUGGCCGCGUCCCUGCACCUCACCGAGACGCAGGUGAAGAUCUGGUUCCAGAACAGGCGCAAUAAGUGGAAGAGACAGCUGGCUGCUGAGCUGGAGGCCACCAGCGUUCCGCACUCGUCCCAGCGCGUCGUGCGCGUCCCCAUCCUGUAUCACGAGAGCGCCACGCUGGGUCUCAACGUGCCGCAAGUGUCGCCUCCUAUCGUGGGUUUUACGAGUUCAGUGAGCUACCCAAUCACUAAUUUCACUCACUCCAUCAGUCUGCUGAGGUCACAGCUCACAGGACUGGUGUAAUUCCACAGACUAAACGAAUACAAAUCCUUUUGCUUCUUAUAACUGACGUGCAAUAAAACACACAGAGGGCCACAGAAAACUACAACCAUCCAAAGAUCAUUCAGAUAUUUAUGAUUAAACAAUAAAUCUCCCCGACCUCAUUAUAUUAACCCCUGAGUUACACAUGCCCACCAUGGCCACAUAAACUGCCUACACCUUUCAGUUGUCCUUCUGAGGAACUAUGAAAAGUUCCACAAGAACCUACAGCAGGGUUUCCUUUUUGCAAGGAUAAAAUAUUAAAUGAGUUUUUUUGUUUUUUUUUACAAAGUUGCACAGUUUAUUGUACAAUGAUAAUUUUACUGUGUAUAUAUCAGAUGUUUUAUUUUCAGUGUUAUUUCUAAUGUCUAUAAUAGUUUAUGCAUGGGGAUACAGGCCCUCCUAUUGGCCUACAUGUAUUUAUUUGUUUUGUAAAAAAGAAAAAUGUUGAAAAAAAAGAAGAAGAAGAAGAAGAAAAAUGAAACAAUAUUUUUAUUAAAAUACACUUAUUUCUAUGUUUUUGUCACUUUUUUCCACACAAUGCAUUUAAAUUGAUAAUAAAUUCGUCAC